GGCUCGUAUUACCUUAAUUUGAUUCAAGAAGAUGCGUUACGUUGCUGCAUAUUUGUUGGUUGCGCUCUCGGGCAAGGACGAAGUCACGGCCGCCGAUGUCAAGAACGUCUUGACCAAGGCCGGCGUUGAGAUCGACGCUGCCCGCCUCGCCAAGCUCUUCGAAGACGUCGCCGACAAGAGCAUCGACGAGAUCAUCGCCGCCGGCUCGAAGAAGCUCGCCUCGUUCGGUGGUGCCGCCCCGGCUGCCGCUGCUGCCCCCGCCGCUGGUGCCGCCGCUGCUGCCCCGGCCGCCAAGGAAGAGAAGAAGGAAGAAGAAGAGGCUGACCUCGGCGGUGGCAUGGACAUGUUCGGCGGUGGCUCGGACUACUAAGCAUCCAACCCAACCAUCAAGCACGCAUGACGACCCAAGCGACUCUCACCGGCCACUUGGAAUUUAGAUAA